AUGCCGUCCAUGCUUGCUCGGACCGUGGCGAUCCUUGCCUCGGUGCACGCGACUCUGGGCCUUGCCACCCCCGUGGUGCGCACGGAGAACGCUCUCGAGAAGCGAUCGGGUGGCUUUGCCAACUCGGUCUACUUUACCAACUGGGGAAUCUACGGCCGAAACUACCAGCCCGCUGACCUUCCCACUUCCGAAAUCACCCAUGUCCUUUAUUCCUUCAUGAACCUCCGGGCCGAUGGAACCAUCUACUCUGGUGAUACGUACGCCGAUCUCGAAAAGCACUAUCCUGGUGACUCCUGGAAUGACAUUGGAAAGAAUGCGUAUGGCUGCGUUAAGCAGCUCUACUUGCUGAAGAAGGCCAACCGGAAUAUGAAGGUCAUGCUCUCCAUUGGCGGCUGGACCUGGUCCACCAACUUCCCGGCCGCCGCGUCAAGUCCGGCUACUCGCUCCACCUUUGCCAAGUCUGCCGUGGCCUUCAUCAAGGACUGGGGCUUUGACGGCAUAGACGUCGACUGGGAGUAUCCGGCAGACGACACUCAGGCCGGCAACAUGGUGCUGAUGCUCCAGGCGGUGCGAGACGAACUGGACGCCUACGCAGCCACGUCGGCCCCCGGCCACCGCUUCGAGCUCUCCAUUGCUGCCCCGGCUGGUCCGGAUAACUAUAAGAAGCUGCACUUGGCAGAUCUGGGCAGGGUUCUCGACCACAUCAACCUCAUGGCAUAUGACUUUGCUGGCUCGUGGAGCAACUACAGCGGCCACAACGCAAACCUCUAUGCCAGACAAGACAACCCCAACGCCACACCCUUCAACACGGACGACGCCGUUCAGGCGUACAUCAAGGGCGGUGUCCCCGCUGAAAAGAUUGUUCUGGGCAUGCCCAUCUAUGGUCGAUCCUUCCAGUCGACGGAUGGCAUCGGCAAGCCCUUUAAUGGUGUGGGCAGCGGCACCUGGGAGAACGGCGUCUGGGACUACAAGGCCCUGCCCAAGGCCGGCGCCCAGGUCACCUACGACGACGUUGCCAAGGCUUACUACAGCUAUGAUGCCGGCACCAAGGAGCUCAUCUCUUUCGACACGCCCAAUAUGAUCAAGGAGAAGGUUUCGUACCUCAAGGGCAAGGGCAUGGGCGGCAGCAUGUUCUGGGAAGCCUCUGCCGAUCGCAAAAAUGGCGGUUCCCUCAUCAGCGCCAGCCUUCAGGCCUUGGGAGGGCUCGAGUCAUCCCAGAACUGGCUCAGCUACCCGGACUCGCAGUAUGAAAACAUCAAGAAGGGUAUGGAAUAA